AUGGGAGACUUUAAUGAUAUUUUUUUUAAGGAGGAAAGGAUUGGGAAAAGAGUGAAAUACACUGCUGCAAUGGAUUUUAUUGAUUGUGUUGGAGCUUGUAUGCUUGAAGAUGUUAAGUAUAGUGACAACUACUAUACUUGGAAUAACAAAAGGCAAGGUAAUGAGGGAAUUCGCUCCAAGAUAGAUUGGGUACUUGCCAAUCAAAAUAUGUUAGAUAAUUUCUCUUCUGCUAAAGUAAUUUUUUCAGCUGAGGAGUUAUUUGAUCACACUCCAGCCAUAAUCUCCUUGUCUCAUGAAAUCCUUGCAUUUUCCAACAUACAAAAUGCUACCGAUGAAGCGAAGAAGGAGCUCCUUGAAACUCAGCUGAAAUUACAAUCUGAUCAUCUUAAUACUGAACUCAUAGCCACGGAAGCUGUUGUUCGUAUCAAAUACGGGCAACUUUUGAAGGGCCUCAAUUCUUUUUUGCACCAGAAAUCUAAGAUCUCUUGGAUUAAAAAUAGAGAUGAAAACACAGCCAUUUUCCAUGCUAGUAUCAAGGAGAGGAGGAGGUCUAACAGUAUUCUUUCUAUUGAAGAUCAACAAGGAGUCCGAACUGAUAAAGCAGAAGAAAUUUUAGCAGCUUUCCUUUCAUUUUAUCAGCACCUACUUGGCUCUAAAAUGGAAGGAAGGACGAAGGUUAACAAAGGAGUAAUGAAUUUGGGACCUAUUGUCAACAAAGAUCAAGCAAAAUUUUUAUUGAAAGAGUAUUCCAAAGAUGAUGUCAAGAAAGCUAUAUUUGCAAUCCCAGGAAUUAAAGCACCAAGUCCAGAUGGCUAUAGCAGUUGCUUUUUGCAGGAAGAUUGGGACCUAAUUGGAGAAGAUAUUAGCGAAGCGGUGCUGUCUUUUUUGCAUACACGUCAGAUCCUUAAAGAAAUUAAUACUAUUGUUUUAAAACUUAUUCCUAAAUGUAAGUGUCCUAAUACAGUUAGUUACUUUAGACCUAUUGCAUGUUGUAAUGUAAUCUACAAAACCGCUACUAAACUCCUCUGUUCAAGAUUGAAAACUAUACUACCUGAUCUGAUUGCGCAAAACCAAGGUGGAUUCUUUUCUGGCAGGUUUAUAGCUCAUAACAUCAUGAUUUGUCAGGAUUUGAAAAGGCACUAUGGAAGAAAAAAUUCUAAAGUCGGCUGUAUGAUCAAGCUUGAUCUUCAGAAAGCUUAUAAUACUCUUGAUUUGGACUAUUUGGAAGAAAUCCUUCAUGCCUUUCAGUUUCCUGAUAAAUUUAUCAAGUUGAUUAUGAUUUGUGUUCGCACACCUAGGGAUUCACUUAUGUUCAAUGGCUCAUUACAUGGAUAUUUUAAAGGGAAAUGGGGUCUACGACAGGGAGAUCUUUGCUCUUUGUUCUAG